AUGACAAUCGAUUCGCAAGGAUCAUCCAGACAAUUACCUUCUUAUCCAUCUAAUAAUAUUACAUAUUCUAUAUCUCAAACUGUGUCAACAGCCCCACCAUUUUAUAUUCUUCCAAAAUUAACAGAUCUCCUAAACGUUUAUGACGCUUAUUCUGAGUGGUAUCACGGUCAUGAUGGAAGUCCCUCAAUAAUUUCAUUAAUCGAAUCAUAUGGUCAUGAAUGGGAACAUCAAAAUCUAGAAAGACUUGAACAAAGAAGAUUCUUAAUCAAUGAAAUUAAAUAUCGUGAAAAACAAUUGGAUGGUAAUAUUCAAGAAGUUUUGAAACAAUUGGAAAAUUUAAGAGAUGGAAUGUCCAUGGAAAAUUUGGUGGAAC